AUGGCGAUAACCAAAAUCGCCCGCCAGACUCGAAGAAAAAUGGCGAACGACGGCAAAGAAACACCGCAGAUAAGGUCAAGUUCCCGGCUUCGGAAUAUCAUUUCAAAAUCAAAGCCCAAACUCGUUCAGAAGAAGCUUGUUUUUGAGAAAAAAAUGAACCCUAACCCUAGUCGCAAGUCCACCACCAACGCAAGUAUGAAGAAGCAAGUUCCAUCCUCUGAUUCAGAUGACUUCCAGUCCGACCACGGCCGUAAAAAUCCCAAAAACAUACGGCAGUACCCUAAAUCCAAAAUCCCCAAUUCCACUGAGAAGGGUAAUUCUUCCAACUCCGAUUUUGAAGAUGAAAUUCAACCAGAAGACGUCUCUAGUGAAGAAUACUCGAGGGAAGAGGAAUCCCCGGUGGAAAAUUUCAACAAAAGAAACAAAAAAAGGAUUCAAAAAGAGAAAGGGGAAGUAAAUCUGAACAAGAAAAGGAGAAAACCAAACCCAGGCGUGAAACGCAUUCAGAAGCAGAUAGUGUUUAAGGAGUGGGAAUUGCUAAUCCCUUAUCCAAGGGAUAUAAAUGUGAAGGUGCAAAACAGUAACGACAACAACAAAGAGAAAUGCACGAUAAGUGACAUCAAGAAAACGUUGACGAAGGAGCAAUUGGAAGCUUUUAGAAUGUCAGCUUUUGGGAAGUUCCUUGAUCUGCCACAUUGCAUUGUCCAGAACCAGCUGGUAAACUACAUACUUUUACGCGAGGUUCAUCAAGGUAGGACAGAUGAGAUCUGGUUUGACUUUGGAGGGAAAUUCCUCCGAUUUGGUAUAGAGGAAUUUGCUGUCGUGACUGGGUUAAAGUGCAAUGAACUUAGUAAGAAACUGAACAUUCCAAAGAUUGCCAAUGGUCUGCACGACAAGUAUUUUGCUGGUCUUGGAUUAACUCGGAGCCACAUCAGAUGGCAGUUUCUGAAAAAAUUGUGGGCGAGCGAUGAAGAUGCUGUGAAAUUUGCUAAGUUGCAUUUCUUAGCAAAUUUCCUCAUGGGCUCUCAAGAUGCCCUUCGCAUAGACCGCUGUUUCGUUGACAUGAUUGACAGUCCAGAGUGUGAUGAUUACUCGUGGGGAACUGCUGUUUUUCAAUUCACCCUACUGUACCUGAAGAAAUCAAUUCAAACUAGAGAGCAGAUGCACAUGUCUGACAACGACGAGGGAAGCAACCUGUAUCGGUUAUAUGGUCUUAUAUUGGCUCUCCAGACAUGGUUUUACGAGGUAUGUGAAACGGCUGAUGGUGUAGUCGCAACCAACGUGGGUGUACACGAUAUCCCGAGGAUAAUCAAGUGGGAAGUUCGUGAACCUUGUACGCGUAGUUUUGUACAGAGAACCUUUUCUAACCUUUAUCACACUAAGUUCAAUAACAUAGCUCCUACCGAGGCCGAAAAACAAAACCUUUUGUUGGAAUCAUUCUUCACAAAAAGAAAUGAGUUCACCCGAAAAACUACUCCAUCAAGUUCCGCACCGCAACAUACCAAUGAAGAUUAUGUUAUAACCCGCCUCGACACACUAACUGCUGAAGUCCAGACCCUGAAGGAAGCAUUCAAUGACUUCUCGAGACGGGUUUUCGAGGAAUUUGCUUUGUUUAAAGAAAAAUUUUUAAUCACUGUUAAAUCUCCUAUAAGAGCAUUUAGAACCAAGACCGAAGCACUCAUGAAGAGUGCAGCAGACAGACCUUCGUUUGACGCAAUAACUGUUGUUCUACCUCCGACGCCACCAUCGAAGAAGACUAUCCCAGAACAGCCUGUCGAGAAGAAUAAGACGGUAAAAGGAGAGAACACACAGCUAAUCAAGCAACAACAGCAGCUCCCGUUAGUUGUGUACAGUCCGAAGAAAGACGAAGUGAGGCGAACCAAGAAGCCUAAGAAAACAAUGGAGACCAAAAUUUCCACCAAGAAACAAAUAAGACUUCAGAAGUCUUGCCCAUUCGAUGUUGGGUUUGACAUAAAUGUUUCUGGGGCAGUGGACAUGAAUGAAUUUAGAGACUGGAUUUGUGAGGGUUUUCUCAAGUCGGCUCCUCGCAAAGUCAAAAACGGGUACUACUGA